AAAUGUUCAAAUGUUUUUUUUUAUCGAUUAAGUAAAUCGCCUUCGGAUCGACCGGAUAAACUUAAAACGAAAGGGUGACCGAGUCGGGAGUGUCGGGACCUUUCAAAGUCAUUUCCAAUUUGUCUUUUUACGUUUGCGUGAAGAAUUUACAGAUGAAGGUUUCCGCCUUUCCAUUCAUCUAAUAUUUGUUACUCUACUUUAUCGGGUCUCUCGUACGCCUUGUUGCAUUUCACCGGAUGUGAAACGGAAAUCCGUACUCGCGUGGUAAAACAUGUUUUGUCGCCUGUGUGCACGCGCUCGUUCGCGUACCCGCGUAAUCGCGCGUGAUAUCACGUUUCUCGUUGGAUGACGCAAGAGACGAAGAGACGAUAAUCGUUCAUUGCUACUCAAUUGGGGCCGUCGUCCGUCGAGAAAAACAUGGCAAUUAACGUACACGCAAUUGUCAGUCGUCGGUAAAAUAAGACUGUUGUGAUAUGAUAUGAUAUAUGACGUCACGUGAAGAAUGUGUGUAUAUGUAUGUGAUUCCGUAUGUGUCAUGUAGUCAUGCAGGACGAGGCAUAUUCUAGACGUUCUAGCGGAAAUGUCGCAUCCACUAUGAAAGUGGCAAUCUUAAAAUCUUUCUUUUUUCUCCCAAAUUGCAGGUCGAUUAUUGUGAAAGUACUAAAAAAUGACGAAUACGAAUAAAAUAAGGGACAUAUGGAGAACCGCGGAUGCCGUGACAUUCGACGUAGAUUCCACCGUUAUUACGGAGGAAGCUAUCGACGAACUCGCCAAUUUCUGUGGAAAAGGCAAACAGAUCACCGAAUUAACAAAACAGGCCAUGCAAGGCGACAUGACAUUUCAACAAUCCUUAUCUAUAAGACUGGGAAUCAUAAAUCCAAGUUUAGUACAAGUGAGAGAGUUCCUAAAUAUGCAUCAACCAAGACUGACCACUGGUAUCAAGGAGUUGGUGUCCACCUUACAAGCUCAUGGGAAGCAAGUGUUUCUUGUCUCUGGUGGUUUUCGCUGCCUUAUCACACCAGUUGCUGCGCAACUUAACAUUCCACCCGAAAAUAUUUAUGCCAAUAGAUUAAAAUUUUACUUUACAGGAGAAUAUGCUGGAUUCGACGAUACUCAGCCGACUUCUAGAAGCGGUGGCAAAGGGGAAGUUAUACGACGUCUUAAGCAAGAAAAAGGAUUCAAGAUUGUUGUACAUGUUGGUGACGGCUCAACAGAUUUAGAAGCAUCACCGCCAGCAGACGCGUUUAUAGGAUUUGGUGGAAAUGUUAUUAGGGAAAAUGUGAAAUCACGUGUGGAAUGGUUUGUUACAAACUUUGAUGAUCUCACAAAAUGUUUGUAGAUAUACAAUGUUUCUAUGAAGAUAUGUUGUUUUGAUUUUAAGCAUAUAAAGAAUUACAUUUUUAAAAAGGAUAGUUACGAUUAAUGAAUCAAAUCAAAAUAAAAUUACAAUAAUUGUUGCCGGAAUACUUUUAAAAAUUGUAGACAAUGUUCAUAAAUAACAUAUUUUAUUCUAUACAGUGCAUGAAAUAUACAGUUAUCUUUUUGAUGCACCGAUUCCUAAAAUCGUGCGCCAUCUAUCUGUGUAUAACAUUUCAUCAAUCAAUAUUAGUGAAACUGUCAUAACUCUAUAUUUGUUAUAACCCUGUACAUAAUUAUAUUAUUAUAAAGUACA